AUGCGCGAUUCUCGGCACAGGUACAAGGAACUUCAGCGACAGGUUCGCAAAGCUGAAGAGGAGUCCAACUCCAACAUCAACAAUGCGUUGGUAGCACUGGGCCUCGACAAUAUCUUUGAGGACGACAAAGACUACAAGGACCAGCACACCCUGCAGCCGAAUACCCCAGCUGCUGCAAUAACAGGAUCAGCCCAAAUGGUGGCUGGUGACAACAACAGCAAAGAACUGCUGAUGGAACAAACUACCAUCGACACGCACCUCAGUGACUGGCACUCCGACCAGUCAGCUGAAGCGCAGCAAGCAGAAGCUGUGCUAGUCAGUUUGCAAGACCGGAUUGAUGCAGGUCGUGAGCAGCGGCUUCGCAAUGCUGGGCUAUUACCCCCAGAGGACGUUUCACAAGCACCGCAGAAUAAGGCUGCACACGGGUCCGGAUCAUUUCACGGAUAUACCCGCCAAUACCCGUGCCAUGACCCACGGAUACAGGUUGUACGGGUGCGGGUCAUCCGCGUGUGA